AACAGCGAACGAGUAAACAACGUUAAAACGCUUGUUCAUUUGAAUAAAAAUUUUUAGCAAGAUUAUUAACAAUAUUAUAUAUAGCAAAGAAGAAGACAAAAAAAUUAUAAUAAUAAUGAAUAAAAACAAGAAACAACGAAACUGUUAAACUUGCUAAUAAAGGAUUUUUUUGUAUAUAAAAAAAAAUUUCUUGCUUAAAGUGAUCUUUUGUUCGGGAAAAAUUAAUAAAAAUCUGAAAUUAGUGGUUUAUGGAAGAAAAAAAGUUUUUAUAAAGAAUAUAACUGAAUGAUCGGAUAAUAAAUAUUUUUAUUUAUAUUUAACAAAGAUAUGAACAAAACCAACUAUAAACAACAACACUUAGGAUUGAAUUGAGAACAAGCCAAGUGUAAAAUUUCUAAGAAAUUUCUAUAAUAAAUACAACAACAGCAAAAAUUCACACGAAUCUAGAAACAACAAACAAAAUAAAAGAAUUUUAAAUAAAAAUUAUAUAAAAAUAUUAAAAAAAAUAUAUAUACAACAAGUGAGAAUGAAAAGUAUAAUGAAAAGUGAAGGUGUGAAAAAAUUAAGAAAAAUUUUUAAAAGAACAAUUGAAAUUUAAAGUUGUACAAAAAAAAAAUCAAAAGUUAACUUAGAAACUUACUAAGGAAAUAAUAAGAAAAUUUCAAAAAAAAAAAAAGUAAAAAUAUUAAAAAAAAAAAAUAUGAAAAAAGUUAAACCCCACCUUAGAAAAAUGUUUAACUUUAGCAACUUUAUCCUGCUGAUAGUAGUGUUGGCAGUGGUGUCACAUAAUGUGCAGGCAAAACUUCAAACGAAUCAUAAACAUCAACAACAUCAGGCUCACCAAACACACAAUUAUAAACAUCAUAAGUUUAGCGGUGAUAUUAAUACAGAUGAUAAGCUAGAGCAACAACAACAACAACACCAACAUGGACAUCAUAAUAAACAUCAACAUCAUUCCCACCACCAUCAUCAACAACAGCACCAACAGCAUUAUAACGCUGACACACCUAGUUUAGAAUUCACAACCAGUUCUUCUAUUUCAUCAGUUUCAUCAACCUCCGCUUCCCCUGUAUCUCUGAGUAGUGAUAAUGAGUUUUUAAUUAAACAACAACAACAACUGCCUUUUACUAAUAAGGACGAAAUCUAUUAUAAAACAAAAGAUCAUAAAGUUGCCUCUUCAACAUCGUCGACAACAUCAAAGCCUUCACUUUCUAUACAUCUGAUGAAGCAACAUCUUCGUAAUAUGAAAAAGUCAAGUUCAAACUAUAUGAGCAUGCAAACUGAAACUUUGUCUAAUUCUAGACAGGAACACACCCAUCUUAAGCACUACAACAACAGAUUAAUUUCAACGCCUUCAACCACCAAACACCAACAGGCCAGCAACAGUCGCAGCAGCAGCAGUGAUGACGGUGGCAUUGACAAUCAUCAGUCAGACAAUGUGGUUGCAACAAUGUUUUCCUCGCCAACAAAUGAAAAUUCUAAAUGGAACUUGCCAAAAACAACAACAAAAGAUAACAACACAAAAUUAAAUGAAACAGCUGAACUGGAAAAUCAUGACAAUAAUCAACAUCAUCAUCAUCAGCAACAUAAUCAUGAUCAUCAUCAUCAUAUGCAUCAACAUAAGAAACCAGAAUAUCUCAAUGAACAACCGGCUCAACAAAAUUAUGAAGAUUAUUAUUCUGAUCAAGAAGAUGAUGAUGAUGAUGAUGCUGACAACGACGACGAUGACUACAAUGAAGAUGAAGGUGAUAACGACAAUAACGAUGGCAUUUCCUAUGACGAUGAUAACAAUUUAAGUGAUCGUUCAUAUGCCAGGAUAACUCGUUCUAAACUUGAUGACGAUUACAUUGAUGAUGAACCUUAUCGCAAUGAACUUUCAAUGCAGAAUGAUGCACCUGGAGUUUUAACCGAACAAAAAUAUUUGGAUGUUGGUAAUGAAAAGGCUGUACAACAGGCGAGAGAACGUUAUAUACAGGAACAACAAAAAAGGCCAA